UGUUGGAUGAUUUUGAUUUGGCACUUCGUCGAAAAACUGAACAACUUGUUCGCAAAAAGACGUGUUGAAUAGCUUGAUGAUUAAUUCUUUCAGGAUGUUGGCUGGAGGCUAUCUGAUCUCACUCUAGUCUUACUCUUAGUCGCCUUAGAAGAAAUAUAAACCUUUACGCCGCUUGAUGUAGCUGUGCUUACAAAAUGAAAGCGUUAUGCAAGCUUAAGACUCAUGGGAUAAUUUAUGUACAAAAGAGGGAACAAUAGGCGUGCAAAAAAUGUCUGAAAGUGAAAAGAAGAUCAGUAAGCUAAAGAGAAGAUUCAGUAAGAAGCCAGCGCACAGCAAAAGCAAUGCCAUUCCAGAAGAUGUUCCGACAGGAAGUGGCAAGUCGGCUACCCUCCCAGAGGGCAUGUCGCUUCAUCAGCCGCACAGCAGUGAAGGUCUGUUGACUAAGCUAAAGCGAAGGUUUCACUUUGGCAGCAAGGGGAAGUACGACUUUAAGUCGUUCAUAAACUCGCCUUCCAAGCCACAAUGGAUGCGCCGCAAGAGUGAUGACACACAGCUAAGGCACGCGGAAAGUCCAGCUGAGCUAGCACCAGGGGCAGAUAAUGUUGUAACCAAAGCGCAGUCUGCGAAGACUCAAAGGAAAGCUAAAUCGGACAAGGAGGAUGUCAUACUCAUAAGGAAGGAUAAAAGAGUUAGUGUCCUUUGCAAAGCUGAAAAUGGCGAAAAACAUGAAGUCAUUUUCACCAACGAGGACGUCUCUGAUGAGGACUCGUCGGGUGCGUGGGGAAGAAUGGAAGAAGACCCUUAUGCGACUAUUAGCUCUGUCAAAGAGUUUGCACCAAUAAUUAAUUCAGAAUCCACUGAAAAUAGUGUCGCAAGUUUUUCGCCUAGUGUUUCUCCAGAGCCAAUGUCCAUGAAUGCGCAAAGUGUCCCUUUGCUUCUUGAUGAUCAUUACCCGUACGCCAAGAUAAACCCAGACAGAAAAAGUAAGUCCCCAGACUGCCAGCAAGUAUAUCCCCAAGCAACCUUGUUCAACUCUAAAGCUGCGGCCUACAGGAAAAGUAGAAAAGAGCCUGACUAUGAAACUUUGGACGAGGUGAAAGAACACAGAAAAACAAUGAAUGGUUUCACAGAGCCUAUGCUUGUGGAAUCGAUUCCUGUUGAAGAUGGCUGCCCAGAGAUGACCUCUGCCUUGGAUCCAGACUAUGAGACGCUGGAGGAGGUCAAACAGAGAUGUGCCGAUACUUUCCAAAAACCUUUGUCUGUGAGCUCGGCUUCUCCCGUUACUUCGCCCGCUCUCUCAUGCACCGAUCAAGAAAUCGGCGUGCCUGACCCAAAGAACAAGUUUGAUCUUCCAACAAAGGGAGUAAACUGCUCAGAUCAUAAGCACACCAAUGGUUCUCUAAAAUUAUCUGCCCAGCAAACGUCUCAAGCAAUUGUGAAUGAUUCCUUUACACAGCAUGACAAACAUUCGGAACAUGAAAUCGAGGAGUGCAUGUACGAUAACCCCAACGUCAUCAUUAGGAAGUAUAAAAACGAGGCGGCCUUGAACCCUCGAAGAGGGCAGACCAUGUACGAGCCUCCUCUGAUCAAGACUCCAGCAGAGGAGGAACUGGUAGAGAAGCUGAGCUCCCUUCUGGCUCCACCUCUGCCCUUGAGGAACUACCAGAAAGAUGAGGUGAAAGGAGAAAAGAGCAGGAAUGAUGGCUGCAGUGCCAGACACUCCUGGGCAUCGCAGACAAGUAGGGCAUUGGAUUUUAUUGACAACCACUAUCUGCGUGACUGCAAGAGAAUUUCACCCUUCAGCUCCAAUCAUGACAUGGAAUCCAGCAGAAACAACACAUUAAAAUCUGGCACCAAGCGAGUUGAGCUAAACGACUUGAAGUGGUCGUCCAAACCAUCCAGCAAGUCCCCCAGCCCUAUAGCGGAUGGUAGAAGCUCAGUUGAGCCUGUUGUGGAGGAUCCAUCCCCAGUAAUACAGAAGCAGGUAGAAAUAUCUUUGUCUCAUCAAACACUUCCAGCAAAUCCUCAGGAAAUCAUUAAGCCUUUAACAGCACACACUGAUGAGGCCAGCCACACUGAUGCAGCCAGCCAAUCUGACUACUGUGUAAAUCUUGCAAAGAAGAUUGUUAAGGAAGCUUGUGAAAGGGCAGUGAAGGAGGUGAACGAACAACCUGAGUCCAAUCAUGAAGUGGAUACUAUGCACACCCUUAACGGCCAUGCCUGUAUAUCAGAAGUCAGUUAUCUAUCUAAUGCAGGUAUUAAGCAGAAUGGCUUUACCAGCCAUGACAAUGCUUUGAAUGAAAUCACAGACAAACACGAUGGUAGGAAUAAAAGUAUUAAUAUAAGUUCUGUCCCAUUCUCCCAUGAAGUUGUUAAGCAGGAUGGCGAUUUAGAAGAUAUAAACCUUCACACUAGUGGACCGGACACUAACAGUGUUGUUUGUCCACCAGAGGACAAAAGUAGUGGCCAAUCUUAUAAUGGUGUGAAUGAGGAGAAAGCUGUGGAUAAAAUCGAAAUCUAUAAGCUGCAAGGAGCCAGGCCCAAAUUCAAGCCCCUUCUGUUACCUUCUCAGACAUUGUUUUUAAAAGAGGGUAGAACAUGCGCUGGAGUGACCAAAGAAGCAGUCGAGAUUAACGGGACACGCGACGAGAGAAGGAACCUCAAAGAGCAGCUCUCUGAUGACUCUCACACUUGGGAUGAAGCCAUGUCACCGUCUUUCUCUGAUAUGAACUUUCAUGAAGCCAUCACCGAAAGCUUCCAACUUGAACCGUCAAAAAACGUUUCCUUACCCCACAUCCUUGCUCAGGUCAUUCCAGACUCGGGCAAGGACUUGCAGGUUCACGAGACUGUUUAUUUAGAUUCUGAUUCGGAAACAGAGGACGGGCUCUCUGUCCACAAAAGCAGGGUCGUCCACGUUCAGAGGGACUUGAGUGUGAUUAAGGUGGCCAAGCCCAUACUUUAUGUCAAUCCCAGACUACUGGAGAACGUUAUCAGUGGUCCUUUCACAAGCAGUCAGAGUUUCGACGUCAACUACUUUGUGAAUGGCAUUUUUAAGUGGGGCAGAUAUUUCCAUGACUUUAUAGAAGACAGAGAAGCUGUGGAAGCCAAGUUGAAGAGCAUCUUUCACUUCCUGCGUCACAUGCUGCUUAGUGAGUCUGAAUGGUGCUCAAAGAAUUUGAGAAUGAUAAAGGAACAUCAGGAGGACUUUGAUGUUAUGCAGAGUAAGAUUGAGAGACGAUUAAACAGCAUUCAGGACCUGCCAACAUUCCAGGAUGUCAGAAUUCAGCUUCUCAAAACAGAAGAGCUAGACAACUGGGUACCUGAAUUUUCACACUGUUUAACUAAGCAAAAGAAAUUGUGCGUUGUGAAAGAUGAAAGUGAAGUUUUGAGAGAGCGAGUCAGAAAGCCUGGAGUAGAAGUUAUCAGAGAUGACCUACACUCUGACGAAUGUAUGGUUGAUGGUGUCGAUGGUACAUGUCCUCUUGGCUGCAUGCACUCACCUUGUCUAUCACCAACCAAACCUCAGGACAUGCUUGCUGAUCUACUGUCCUUAAGCAGUGGGACACUAACUUGUUCCUCUUGUGGUAAAGAAGAAGAAUCUGACUCUGAAGAUGAGAUGAUUACCCUCGAGACAUAUGCCAAAACUGUGAGUUGCACAUCUUCUAAAAUGUUUCCAACUCGUGUAAACUAUGAUAAAAAUGCAGGGUACUGCCGUGCCUUAUAUGGAGAACUAGCAUACACAGCAAAGAUGAGAAGGCCGAGAUCCUUAACGAAAAGCAUAUUGGUUCCGGUCUGUUCCACAAAUUAUUGCCUUGGUGCCGAGAAUCAUAUUUCAUGGAAUAACUGGUGCACAAUGGAUGCCAUCUUCAAAAAAUUAGUUCCACACAUCUCGCCAAGGCUUGAUUUUCAGUUCUUGUUGAAAACUUACUCAGAAUUUAAAUAUUUCAUCUUGAAAGACAGGAAUCGAAACCUUGACCUCCGUGGCUGCUUCACCAAAAAAUAUCUUCCAGAGGAGGAACGGUGCUGUAGGUUUGAAGAAUUUGUCUUCCUGAAACUCCUGCGUGAUGAGCUGCGUUACUUUGCCUUUGUUCUGCUGAGAUCUAAGUCUUCUGAGGCUCUUUUCCUUGAAGAGUGGGAUAUAGGCAUUUCCCUGUUGAGUCUGCUGAAAAUCGUUCUUAGAAAUAUUCACAAAAUGAAAAACUCUUUCAGUAGGGAAAAGGUUGUAGGCCAGGGCGAAGGAGAUGACUUUCAAUCGUUCCCUGGAGUCAAACGUUGGAAACAUUUCCGGCACUCUGCAUUUAACCGGUGGAUCUCUGCUCCACUCAGUGAUGCAGAGGUCAGUUCCGAAGAAAAAGUGUUCCACAUUGAAAACAUGUCGAACUUUCACUGCCACGCAUUGUCAAGGACUUUAAAAGAUUGGAUGUCCCCUCAGGAGUACAUGCAAGAUCCAAAUGUUCUAGUGUCCUGCAGGACAGUGUUUGACCAUCCAGAUGUCAGGUCAUCAGAGUUGACCUGUAUGAGAGGAGCUGAAGACCCCAAGCCUCUACAUGAAAGAGAAGACUUCUUAGAGAGCAUGGAGCAGCUGCAGCUGCAACCCUGGUACUGGGGUCCCAUCUCUUAUGAGCAGGCAGCGUUGAUCUUGAAGGACAAAGAGGAUGGAUCGUUUCUUGUCAGGGACAGCUCCGACCAGAAGUACUUGUUGAGUCUGAGCUUCAAGUCCCUGGGGGAGGUUCAUCACACAAGGAUAGAGCACGCCAAAGGUUUGUUCAGUUUCUGGUCCCAGCCAGAGUCUCAUGGGAAGGCCAGGAUCUGUGAGUUUAUUGAGAAGUCGAUACAGAACUCGAAGGAUGGCAGGUUCCUGUACUUCCUGCGACCAAGCGCCAGGGGAACACCUCCUCUUCCAAUCAGACUCCUGUCCCCCGUGUCCAGAAACUUCAGGGUAGCUACUCUCAAACAUUUAUCCAGAUUUGUUGUUCGCCAGACAGUCAGGAAUGACCACCUGGACAGACUUCCAGUCCCUGAAAAGGUCAAACGUUACUUGCGGAACAAGCAGUAUUACGUUGAAAUACUGGACGAGGACCAGUGGGCCUUUGAUGGAGACUAUGUGAAAUCUUGACCUUUUUGUUUCUCGACAACUGCUGAUGGUUAUACGCUUCCAUAGUUAAUAUUUAUCUCCCCUUUUUCUGGUGAACAAAUACUACAGUUUCCAAAUACCAAAGAACAUAUCAUUUGAAUUUUUUUUUUAGUUUGACAACCUUUAAGGUUAUUUUCUUUAGUAACUGGAUAACCUUUCUCUAUGUAGUUGUUAGUAGCUAGUCCGAUGUGGGCUGUGUUUUUAUGUUUCUGGCAUUCCCUAGAGUUCACUGGACCAUUAGAUCAGGUGUAAUCUCUGAUGACCAGAGGUUACCCACUAGAUGAUCAGUGGCUAUCCCAGCCUUUUUUAUCUUUUUAUUUAUUUAUUUAUUUUUUUCCAAAGGAGGGGUAGCUGAUCAUUGAACAUCUGUUACUUUCUUUUCUGUUUUUUUUUUUUUAAGAGUAUUCUUGAUGUAAUCUUUGUUCCUGCAUUCUCAAAAAAAAAAAUUAUAAUUUUUCUGUACAUUGUAGAAAUAUUUUGUGUGUACUGGCAAGGAGUUUCUCUUUUUUUUUUUUUUUUUUCUGUGGUGUCCUUGGACGUCCUGCUUGGCGAUUGUCUGACAUUUAUGAUUUCUUUCUGUGGUGUCCUGAAGUCCUGGUUGGUGUUUGUAGGACAUUUCUUAGGACUUUUCUGAUUUCUUUCUGUGGUGUCCUGAAGUCCUGCUUGGCGAUUGUAGGACAUUUCUGAUUUCUUUCUGUGAUGUCCUUGGAAGUCCUGAUAGGUGAUAGUAGGACAACUCUGAUAGAUUUUCUUGCUUUUUUUUUUUUUUGCAUGUAUGUCCACAUGUUGCCCACAUUGUUUUAAUUUUUGUGUGUUCCUUGAACUGAUAGCCUGUAAAAUUUUCUUUUGAAUAAAUAUUAAUAUAUAUAUAUAUAUAUAAAUAUCUGUACAAUGACUAUUAUAGUUUUUUUAACUGCUAGAUUUUCCAAGACUUACACAGAUUUCAAAGUUUUAUUUUUACAAGCUUUAUGUGCUGUUUUUUUUUUAUUACUGUAAAUAACAUGGAAAACCAUUUUUUUUUAAAUAAUUAUUUAUUGCAUUUUAUUUUCCAUCACAAGGAGAAGCAGAGGUUCCAUUUUUUCUAGAAAUUUUGUUAGAAAAUGUAUGUUUAAUUAUGCAAAACUUAAUUGUCCAGCCCAUGAGCCACCUCGGUCACGCCGGCUCAUCCGCUGUCCAUACAUAUCAUUGUACAGAAGUUUUGUGUAUUUAACUUAUGCCACCGUGUGAUGUUUUAAGUUCACUUUUGUUAUUUCAGUUGUCAUGCAGUCACCUGUGUGUAUGUUUAGUAUGUCUAAAUAUCAUCAUUUAUUUCAAGUUGUGAAGUGCAUAGGAAUCCUUUUAAUUUUUUUCAUUUCAAUGUCUACGUACUACUUACGCUCUCCUCAAGGGUGGCAGUUGAACGGAAAAGUUGGUGAAAAUUGAUGAGUGUCGGGGUAAUAACCCCAAUGUUGUGGGUUCCAAUGAGAUCCAAUAAGAUCUGAUUUUUAUUGAUUUUAAUUGAAUAUAAAGCAGGAAUUGAUUUUCUUAUUAUUCUGAUUUGUAUAAUUGUAUCUUGUUUUAUUUUUCUUUGAUGUGUCUUUGGUUUAUAUAUUUAUUUAUCUAAUAGCAUUUUGGUGUUAUCACAGUUUAAUAUAUGGGUAAUACUUUUUUUUUUGGGUUGAUUGCAUAUUACUAUUGCUAAGCAUAAGUUUGUGAUGAGUGUUGAAUUGAAAUAUUGUUUUGUUUUAAUCAUAUUACAUCAAUUAGCAUAACGUUAACUUCAGAUUGUAUUAUUGUUAUAUGAUUGUAUUUUUUGUUACAUUCAUGCAGGAGACCAUAAUACCCUGGACAGAGACAUUGAUGGUUCAUUCACAUUUGGCUUGUCUCUGUGUGUACAGAGUUGCUAGUGUCUAUUUUAGAAGCAACCAACUGGAGCACAGUGGGGGUGGUAUUUGAAACUAAAAUCUCAAGAUUUCCACUUGUCCACAUUGACAUAAUAGAAUAACCUUGUCUGGCCCUCGCUUUGAACUGGGCAAUACUCUCUUCUAAGCACAGAAGUGCUGCUGUAAGACUAAGGCGAUUAUAUGUGAAGAGGUUUUUGUUAAAAGUUGAAUUUCAUAAAUUUGUUUCCUGUUUUAAAUUUGGUUUGACUUGCCAUGACUACUGUAGGAUAUUAUUUCUUGGAUGAUGGCUUACAGAAGUAUACUGAGUUAUAAGAAAUGUCUUACUACUGUGCAAUAGUGUGGCAGUUAUUUUAAUGAGGCUAUGUCUUGAUAAACGUUUCUUACAAAAUCAGUUAUUGUACCUGGCUCUGUGCAUACAAAAUAUAUACUUCAUAAAAUAAUCAUAGAUGUUAUAAAAUUAAACUCUCCAUUGUAUUUCAUUAUCAGACAUUUAAAAAAAAAAAAAAAACAUCCGACUGACUUUACCAUAAUUUAUUGCUUAGAGACUUUAUUCUGGACGUCCAUUAUGACUAGGGAAAUGUUAAACAAGUUGAGACUCUCCAUUGUAGGUCAUUAGAAGACAUUUUAAAGAAACCACAUUUUGCCUUUUUAAACAUUUGUUUUGCAAAGUUACAGCAUAAAAUGAGUGUUGCUAACUUUGUUUUUUGUUUUUUUUUGUGGGUCAGCAAUUACAUAUUAAUCAUAAAUAAAAUAAUCAUUCAAUAUUAAUACAAGGAUUACAAUUAAAAAAAAAUAAAAUAGUACGAUCAUAUUUCAUGCUAGUGAAAUAAUAAUGUAAUGAAAGACUUGAUCAAACAAGAGUCACAAUGCAAUUUAUAGACAGUAGAUGUGGGGUAGUUAGUUAUAUUCUUAUAAUAAAAAAGACGGUAUAACUGCUAACCUGAAGUGGAAACAUGAUAACUAAUUAUUAGAGGUAGAAGUUGAUUUGAUAUUUUCACUCAUUUGUUGUCAUUUUUAUGUCAGUACAAAUAAGUGUACUGAAGUGAAUCAACUAUUUUCCUGCUUGUAUUAGAGAAUUGAACUCACUCGCACGCUGCUGCUUGUUACAAGACUUGGUAUGUUGAACAGUUGACAACAAAUCCAUUGCCAAACAUUUCAAUUGUUCACUCCCAAAGAGCAGACCAGUUGGUGUGGAAACCAAUGAAGGUUUCAGUUUUCUGCUUUGUUUCAUGUUUUGUUUUUCUCAUGCAGUAUUCAUUGUUUGGUUCAGUCUCAGCUUUAUCAACAGGAGUUAUCUAUUGAAACAGUUCACUUGUGUCAUUGCAAUGUCCUAGAGGACAGGCUCUCACACACACACGGAAACCCAUAAUGAAAUAUAUAUCUACUCAGCAGGACCGGGCUUAGGCCACUGCAACCUAUGCGGUCGCAGUGGGCCCCGCGUUAAUUCUAGGUGUAAUUUAUUAAAUUAAAAUGUUACAAAUUAUAUAAAAUAGCAGGUUUUCUGCGUCUUCUUGAUUUUCCAGGAGCUCCUGGAAAUCUCCUGUAAUUGUAAAAUAUACCAAAAAGUAAUGGAAAUAUCCUGAAAUAAAAAAUCUAACUAAAAAAAAACUCCUGAAAAAUAGGCAAAAGUUUCAUUUUAUGGUGCCAAUUUUACGCGCGAUAAAAAAACAACAGUCAGCUUUCAUUUAGUAAAAAUUUAUUGUAAAGAUGAAUGUAUUUUUUAAUACAAAUUCUUAAUUUUGACAUUAUGCUUUUCCCUACCUAGACUGAGCCCAGCACAAUCCGUUUCGCAUAGGGCCCCCCUAUUGCUAGGACCAGCCCGUCUACUCAGGAAAAACAUGAGACAUAGGUCUAUUUAAUGAAACUAGUGACACUAGUAGUGUGAUAUGGGAAACCUCUAGUGGGACAGGACACGUCGAGUGGGACAGACCUACAUUAUGAUACCUGUGGUGAGAUAGACCUACUCUAGUAGAUCUAGAUAUAGGCCAUAUGCAUCAGAUUGGAACCACAGAAAUGUUUCAAAGUUUUCAGUAUUUCCUAAGACUAAUGCUUGGAUUCCAGACAUUACAAUGGCUUGUUCUACUUGGAUAUAGUCUAUCAUUGAACUGUAUUCUUUUGUGGUAUUCAUUUUUUUCACUUAACUUUUUUUAAAUUCAUAAUAUUAUGGUAGAUAAAGUCUCAAACUCAUUAAUAUGUGGGGUAGUUCUAUGUGGCCUUUUUUUUAAAGGUUGACUAGAUAGUAUGUUAACUAUUGAACCGUGGCCUGUGAUUAUGUUUGCUACUGAACUGGUUAAAGGACAGUCAGGGAUGUUGCCUUCUGAAUUGCUAACUGGCCAGUCGUGAUAUUUUCUAUAGAAUUGCUAAGUAGCCAGACAGGAAGCUGUUUCUUGAAGUUAGCAAUAGACUGUGGGUGUGUUGCGCUGAGCAAUGGCCAGUCAGGCUUAGUCUGUUGAACUGAUAAAAACCAGUCAGUAUAUUGUUUGUAUAGAACUUGGCAAUGGCCUGGGUGUGCUGUCUAUUGAAUUGAUAAAAGCCAGUCAGUAUAUUGUUUCGAUAGAACUUAGCAUUGGCCUGUGUCUGUGUUGACUAUUGAACUUUGUAACCUUUUUUUUUUUUAUAUAGUGCUGUAUAGCUCAUAUUUUUAAAAAAACAUUUCAAUGCAUUUUAAAUGCCACCAAUUAAGAUAUGAAUGUCCAGGUGUUCACUAGGAAUUUAAUCCAAACGUUUUUGUUUUUAUAGAAAUAUGACAUUUAUUGUAAUUUAAAAAAACAAAAUUAUUUGUACAUUUUUAGAAUGAGAUGUGCAAACUAAUGUUCAGAAACCACACAUUUUUUGUUUGUUUUGGUUUGUAAGCUAGCAUUUGUCUCUUUUGACUAAAUAUUUUUUUUUAUACGAACCAACAAUGUGGCCCACCCAAUCAGUGGGCUUCACUUUGCGACUGAAUUCUCAGCCUGGACAUUGAAAGCGCUUUGAACAUACAUGUAUUGUUUUUAUAUCUUUACUGCAGGCAUAACCCAGUUUAUAAGUUAUAUAUAUACCAUUGGCCUGUUGCUUGAUACUAGAGUGUUAUUUUUACCUUCAGCUUAUUACUUUGUGGUAUGAAUAAUUUUAUUGUAAGCAUGAUUUUUUUGUUAUGAAAUGUUUUUAAGUAUGUACAUUUGUUUAAAAUUCAUUUUUUUAGUAAAAGCAAUUUUUUUAAAAACACAUUUUUACACCCUUUUUUUAAAGAGAUUUUGUUAAUAUAUCUGUAUUUUAAAUGUAUGUAUGUAGAAUUUGUAACAUUUACACUGUAUGGGAUGUGUGACCAUGUGACAUUAACAGAGGAAACAUUUUGAUAACUGGGAUUUGAGACAUGACUCUUUAGAGUUCUAUAGAAUUGCUAAGUAGCCAGACAGGAAGUUGUUUCUUGAAUGGAAGGAUGCAAUAUUCUCUGUAUCUCACAAUGAAAGACUUAUAACUCUUUUCCUCCUAAUUAACAUUACCAUAGUUCAGCGGUUCUCAACCUUUUAAGCUCGGCGACCCCUUUUACAAUCCACCACUCUGACGCGCCCCCCCCCCUCCCACACACACACACACAUACAGCAAUAGAAGAAUAGACAAUAACAAUCGAUAUUUUCGAUGGUCUUAGGUGACCCCUGGCAAAUCGUCAAUCGACCCCCAAGGGGGUCGCAACCCACAGGAUGAGAACCCCUGCCAUAGUUGAUUUGACCCCACCACAUUAAAUUAGUUUUUGGUUUUAUAAUUGUAUAUUUGUGUUACAUAAAAAGAGCAUGCAUUCUCCUAUAAUUCUAUACCAAAAGAAACGUUAUUGAAGUUUAACCCUAACAGGGUAGAAUGUACACGUGAAAAAAAAACAAUUCUGUUAGAACGUGGAAAAUCAUUGCAGAGACUAAGAGUAAAGUAAGAAAUAUGUGCCGUUGGCUAUGAACAAACUUAAUCAGUGAAAGGGGAAGUAAAUCUUCAAGAACAGAAGCAGAGUGACAGCCCAUGGAAACCUUUUCUAGAUUAGUUCCCCCCCCCCCCCCUACCUCCACAUGUCCAUAAAAGUGAAUGGAGCAUGGAGCAUGGAAGGAGAGCUGUACAAAAACUGUAAUGAGAACUGAAGAUGUAAUUUGAUGUUUUGUUUUAUUAAAAGUAGUUGCUUGUAGAGUGAAUCUUUUCCAUUGUGUGGAAGUGAUGGUCUAGUAGUACAGAGUUGAUUCAAUAAAUAACUCUUAUUACAUCAAGUUACAGUGAUAGACUGUUUGGUGCGGUACAUGUGACUGAUAUGGAACUGUUGGUCAAAUUAGUUUUUGAGAUUUGGUUAGAAUUGUACAGUGAACUUGUGUGUAUAUAGUGAACAAAUACUAUUGAAAUCCACUUCUUCAAACAUGGUUCGAUGCUAUAUUCAAAAACAUUUCUUGUGAAUUGCUUAUAGUAUAUCAAAAGCUUUAUACUGAAUAAACUUUUGUUUUUUUAAA